GGUUUCCAAAGAAAUAUGUAGUGACCUAGUAGCCACUUCUCAUAUACGGCUGACGAGUUCCAUCUAAAGACGAAACAUAUCAAGGGUAUUGUGCAAAUUUUCAAUGGCAUCUGUUGGCAUUAAGGUUGUUCGAAGCACAAGUAAUUUGUGUGAUAUGACAAAUAGCUACAAAAACAACUCGACUCCACGUGGAUAUUGCUUGAUCAUUAAUAAUGAAAAAUUCAAGGACCCGGAAAAGUUUCCUACCCGGGAGGGAUCGCAGAAAGAUGUAGAGACUCUGCGUCAACUAUUUACAGAUCUUGGCUAUACGAUGUGGGACACAGUAGAAGAAGCAAAGACAAGUAAUUUGACUGCGGAGGAAAUAAAAGAUGUUGUGAAAAAGUUUGCUGCUAGUGACAAACAAAACAGUGUCGACUCGAGCAUUGUUGCCAUCUUAAGCCAUGGUGGUGCGGAAGACGUGAUAUUUGGAGCAGACGACGAAAAGCUUUCAUUUUCUGAUGACAUUCUUCGUCUAUUCGAAGGAGAAAAUGCACCGGGUCUAAUGCAGAAACCCAAGUUGUUCAUUCUUCAAGCGUGUCGUGGAGGUAUGACGUAUAUAGGAAUGCAUGCUGAGUCGCUUGCACAUGUACAUGCAAUAUUACCUAUAUCCGUCCGAAUCAAGGGACUCAACGGAGGGAUGUGGCUGGAGGCAAUGAUAAGCCGCAAGCGUUUAAGAGAAAGUCGGUUAAAGACUCAGCAGAACUGA